AACGCGGAGUAGCCAGCUGCUGUGUGAACGUUCUACGGGCCGGGCCGGGCCGAACGCGGAGUAGCCAGCUGCUGUGUGAACGUUCUACGGGCCGGGCCGGGCCGAACGCGGAGUAGCCAGCUGCUGUGUGAACGUUCUACGGGCCGGGCCGGGCCGAACGCGGAGUAGCCAGCUGCUGUGUGAACGUUCUACGGGCCGGGCCGGGCCGAACGCGGAGUAGCCAGCUGCUGUGUGAACGUUCUACGGGCCGGGCCGGGCCGAACGCGGAGUAGCCAGCUGCUGUGUGAACGUUCUACGGGCCGGGCCGGGCCGAACGCGGAGUAGCCAGCUGCUGUGUGAACGUUCUACGGGCCGGGCCGGGCCGAACGCGGAGUAGCCAGCUGCUGUGUGAACGUUCUACGGGCCGGGCCGGGCCGAACGCGGAGUAGCCAGCUGCUGUGUGAACGUUCUACGGGCCGGGCCGGGCCGAACGCGGAGUAGCCAGCUGCUGUGUGAACGUUCUACGAGCCGGGCCACGCUCGGACCGCACGUGUCCCCGGAUCGGGCUCGCGUCCCUCUCCGCUCCGCUCCCCCGGCACCCCUGCGAUGGCUCAGCUCAGGGUGACCGAUUUCUUCUCCCACAGUAAAAACCCCGCCAGGGACGGGCCGCUGGGCGCUAAGCGGAGGAAAACCCAGCCCGCGGCGGGAGCGGUCGGGGAGACGCGCCGCGCCGGCCGCUGCAAAAGCCGGCCUAAGGCGGCCCCGCUCACCCCAUCGAGGAUCCCUGGAGGAAGCGACUACGAGCCCCGGGUGAGCCUCGCAGGAGCCAGCCCGGGAGCGAAGCUGAUCGGAUUCGGAGAUAAAGCGGUGGGGAGCGCUACAGCCGGGCUGCCUCCCCUGAGCCUCCAACAGCAGCAGCUGCUGGCCUCCCCCCGCACCCCAGUGCGCCCCGAUCCCGGCUCCCCACAGCCCCCGGCACGGACACUGACGGGCAGAAAGCGCUGUAGACAGGAACCGGAUCCUGACCUGGAAGCGGAGCGAAAUCCCGGCCCCUCAGCCACGCUCCGGCCCCAGGAAAACAGCAAGAGAGCGGCCAGGAAGAAGCUGGUACUGCCCUCGGAUGGAGAGCCCCAGACUACAGCGCAGGCGGCGCCCGUCACGGUCUCCAGCCUCUCUUCCCCGGCUGCCCUCCGACCUCCAACCCCAUCCUCCCUUGACAAGAAGGUGAAGAACCUGGUGAACGUGACUCUCUCCCCAGGUCCGGAGAGCGGGCUGCCGUCUGGCCUGGCUGCUCUAGAGGGAAACAUAAGCUUUAAGCAGGUUUCGAGCAAGGAGCUGACACAGCGCCUGCAGAGACUCCACGCCCUGACUCGGAAAGCCAAACUGCCAGCUUGCCCCUCCGAGACCUGCACUGACCUCAAGAGUCGCCUGAAGCAAGUGCAGGAGCUAGGCUCCAAAAUCCGCAACAGGAAGGCAGAGGAGGGGAAGGAAUCGGGGCUGCAGCCGGCCAAAGAGACCUGUGAGCCAGCCGCGGAACUCAGCGAGAAGGCACCUGCCUAUGAGCGAUUCCACACCCUUGCUCAGGAUGGUCCCCCCGGCCUCACUCUGCCCUAUAAGUACAAGGUGCUGGCAGAGAUGUUCCGCAGCAUGGACACCGUGGUGGGGAUGCUCUUCAACCGCUCGGAGACCGUAACCUUUGCCAAGGUCAAACAGGGUGUCCAGGACAUUAUGCGCAAGCAGUUUGAGGAGCGGAACGUGGGCCAGAUCAAAGCCGUGUACCCCACGUCGUACAAGUUCCGCCAGGAGAAGAACAUCCCAACCUUCAGCAGCUUCCUGAAGAAAUCCAGCUACCAGCUCACCAUAGAGCCAGUGCUGGGGGAAGAGGAGAAGGUGGACGGCCGCCCGCACUUGUCAGCAUCACGCUUGCUGGAGCGCCGCAGGGUGUUCAACAGGAACCUGGUGAACAUCGUCAAGCAGCAUCACCAGGCGUUCCUGGCAUCCCUGCAGCCCCCGCUGGUGGUCCCAGACGGCAAGCUGACCAGGUGGCACCCCCGCUUCCGUGUGGACGAGGUGCCGGACGUCCCGCCGGCGGAGCUGCCCCAGCCCCCGCAGGUGGACAAGCUGACCACAGCCCAGGAGGUGCUGACCAAGGCCCGGAGCAUGAUGACCCCAAAGAUGGAAAAGGCUCUUGCCAACCUGGCACUCAGAACAGCUGGAACCAGCCCAGGAGAGCACGAGGCCCCCACAGCCGCACCCACAGCCGAUUCCUCCAGUGCCCUGAGAGGGGUGUCCCAGGCCCUGCUGGAGAGGAUCAGAGCAAAGGAGGCUCAGAAGCUGCAGGCGCUGAUGACCCGAAACCCGCAGCAGGAGGAGCGGCUCCUCAUGAUCUCGCGGCUGCCCGAGAUGGCCCGCCUCCUACGCAACGUCUUCGUGGCUGAGAAGAAGCAGGCGCUGACAGUGGAGGUGGCGUGUACGCGGAUGACGGACAGCUACCGCACCUCCAUGACAUCUGGUGAAAUGGAGAAACAUCUACGGCUCUUCUCGGAGCUGCUGCCUGACUGGGUCAGCAUCCAUCCGAUCCGGAAGGACACCUACAUCAAGCUGGACAAGAGCACGGACCUCAAUAUCAUUAUGGAGAGGCUGGCCCGGCUGACCAAAGAGGAGGAAAAGCUCUGAUCCUGGAGGGGGGAGGAGGAAGGAGGGAUGGACGGGACUGGGUGUGAGAUCUUGAUUGGAAUGUAGCACAGCUGGUGCAGAGAACUCUGCAUGGUGCUGCUGGUGACUUCACUGGCUUCUACCUAUGCUUGGGAAACCUAGGUAGACCAGCCACUUUGAUCUUAAGUUGUUGCUUUGGCACAGACCUGGGCAACUCCCUUUCCUUUCAAACAGGAAGAUCAGCGUUAUGGUCACUUCUGCAUGCCCUCCCCCAGCAGGAGGCUGCGUUUGGCUUUCCUGCCUCAAUUGCUCCCCCUUUUUAAAGCUGACUGUUUAGUUACCCUAGUAACUUAGUACAACAA